AUGGAUGUGGAGGAGGAGAUCACGGGCAUCCACUGGCUCAGGAACCAGGGCAAGUACAUGAAGAUGUUCACCAGCAACAGCAAGAGCAUCAAGUUUUGGAAGAUAUUCGAAAAGGCCGAGAAGAAAGUCGUCAAAUCAGCAGGCAAGGAACUCAACAUGCCCAAACUGCAGAAUGUCGAGUCCAACCUCACCUCAACGCUCCUCAAGACCUUCCCCAACAAGCAUCUCUCCAACAUCAACUCCAUAUCAGUCUCAAGCAACGAGGAAUACGUGCUUUCCAGUGACGAUGUGCACGCUUACCUGUGGGGACUAGAGGACGCAGACCGUCCCUUCGUGGCGGUGGACCUGCUGGGCAAUGAGAAAAUCGAGGACAUAAAGGAAAACAUUACUUUUUCUAAGAUGCACCCCACUACUGACAGUCUGUUCAUGUUUGGCACUAACAAGGGCACUCUCAAGAUGUGCGACCUGCGCGUGUCAGUCUCCAGUGACAACAACGCCAUCAACUUCAAAAACUAA